AUGCAUCCUGCUGAUUUGCCAUAUGUUGAACUGCAGCCUAUUGGUUGGAACUUCGCUACAAGUGGUUCAAACAACCUCCAUGCUUUCAAUAAUAAGAUCGUCGCUGUGUCGGAUACUAGCGCCAAUGAAGUCCUUCCCGUUCAACACGCCCUCAGGGAUUCGUAUUGCGAAGGAGGUCACGGCCUCUCAAUUGGAUCAUUAGGGAAAGGGGGCUCUGUUGCUGAUGUUCAAAACGUUUUAAUCGAAAAUAUUGUUAUGAAAAACACCUUGUAUGGUGCAAGAUUUAAGAGCUGGACAGGGGGGAAUGGCCUCGCGAGGAACAUCACUUGGAAGAAUAUUGCCUUUGAAGGAGUGCCGUUUCCUAUAUAUGUGACACAAAACUAUUGGGAUCAAGGAGUUGGUCCCAAACCAAACACGACAAGUACCAACAAUACACAUAUCGAAGACUUUUUAUUCCAAAAUUUUGUUGGUAUAGUAAAAGAUGUUCCAUACGUUGAGGGAUCCUGUGUAAGCGACCCUUGCUGGUAUUCUGUACCUGGAGCUACAGGGAAAGAAGUGGUAAUAUUUGAUUUAUAUCCUGACACCGCUGUAAACAUCGUAGCCAAAGACAUUUUUGCUACUACCGAAACGGGUGCGCCUGUUGCAGUUAUGUGUAACUCCACGACGAUCUCGACUGAUGUCGGAUUUAAGUGCUGGGAUGGACUUUUCAUUAGGACAAAAGCUGGACUCUGA